UGCCCCAGUGCGUCAUAUUGAGUGAAAACAAUGCUGUGGUUGGUAAACCAAGCCUUCUUUCACUUCUCCCCUGUGGAGUACUGCCUGCCUCACACAGAGAGAGAAGCUUCGGAAGCCUGCCAUAAUCUUCAGGAGCCAGGCACAGCAAGCAGUCCAACUGCAGACUGGCCUUUUCUCUGACUGCAGCUGGAUCCACACCCGGGCUGCAGAUUCUCUGCGCCUCCAUGCCCUCUGUAUUCCUGGCUGCCUGCUCUGGCCCCUGAGAGAACUGCCAAUUCUGCAACCUCCAGUGUCAGGAAGAGGAAAGAGGCCGCCAAGCUUCCAGAGCACUUCCUCUUGGCCCAGGAAUAAUGAUGGCUGCCACACCAGAAGAAGGCUCUUGCAUCAACUUCAAGGAAAUAAUGUUUAUUGACAACACACUUUACUUUAUACCUGAAGAUAAUGGUAAAGUAUAAAUUUAUCUUUUUUAUUUUUCUUCAAAUUAGAUGGUACUUAAGACACAUCAUUGUCGUAUGGGAGAUUCUGACCAUAGGGCUGCUUCCCUGGCAGUUAAUAAUUACAAUUAGAUUAAAAUCAUUUGGUGAGAGCAUAAUAAAAGCUUAAUUUCUCGGCUGGUAGACUUAGAAGUUGUUUCUACCUUACUACUCAAUUGUUUACAGCACCCUUGCAGGAUUAUUGGAGAUCUCUGUUGUUUGUCUGGUUUAACACUGGUUCUUACUAUACAGACUAGACUGACCCAGAACUCACUAUGUAACCUGGACUGGCCUCAAACUUGUGAUCCUCCUGCCUUAGCAUCCCAAGGGCUAGGAUCACAAGUGUGUGGCAGCAUACCCAGAAGCAUUCUUAUACAAUAGUGUUAGCAGAAUGUGUUAGAGUGUUCAGGAUAAAAUCUAGGAAGUAGAAAUGCCAGGUUGACAGAAGAAAAGGAACAGUUGGCAAAUCAAAGCUUCAAUCUGUUACAUACAGAGCACAGUUUGGCUCUGUCUUAGACACUGGGACAAUUUUUCUGUAUUUUUCUUUGGUAGAGAAAAAUAACUGGUCCCACCAUUGAGUUUAUAAGUAUAUUAGCAAGAGAUAAUUCCUUAGCCAAGCAUGGGAGGCAGAGGCAGGCAGAUCUCUGAGUUUGAGGCCAGCUUGGUCUAAAGUGCAAGUUCCAGGACAGCCAAGACUAUGAAAAGAAACCUGUCUCAAUAAAAGGGGGGGGGGGAUGGAGAGAGGAGGAGAGGAGAGGAAAGGAAAGACAGAGAGAGAGAGAGAAGGUAGAUAUAAGAUGAUGGGGUAAAGAUCCUGAGAGGAACAAGACUUGAAACUACAGUUGUGGCCUAUGAGAAACAGGCCGAACUGGAAAGCAAAACGCGAACCACCACUGAGCCUGCGGUGCACAGUUUUCACAUCUGUAUAAAUAGGUUAAGGAUCUAAGUACUAACAAGAUGCUAUAAUGAAGCACAUGGUGCAAUUAAGAAGGGAAGGGCAGGAAGGAAAUUGGCUAGGGAAGAGUUUCCAGAGACAGGACAUGGGAGGGCAUCGUGAGAUCUCAGAACAUAGACAGCAUGAACAAAAGUGUGAGAAAACAAAAAGGGCAGGACACUGGUCAGAAGGUAACAUAUCCGAACCGUUGGAGGAAGAGUAGCUCGAGUACAAACAGGAAACUUGGUGUGCUCUUAGAAGCAGGUGAAAAUCACUCAGCUCGCUGCUCACUGCUGCUUCCAGAACCGGAGGGUUGGACUGACUCACUUGUUUAUCUGAAAAAACAACUUACCACUGAUGAUUCAAUGUGUGUUAUAGGAGACCUGGAAUCAGACAGCUUUGGCAGGCUUAGCUCUACAGCCACGGUGAUACGAAAUAUAAAUGAGCAAGUUCUCUUCGUUGACAGAGGAAAACAGCCAGUGUUUGAGGACAUGACUGAUGCGGAACAAGAGGCUAAUGGACCCCAGACCAGACUGAUAAUAUAUAUGUAUAAGGAUACUGAAGCAAGGGGGCUGGCUGUAACCCUCUCUGUGAAGGAUACAACAAUGGCUACCCUCUCCUGUAAGAACAAAAUCAUUUCCUUUGAGGAAAUGAAUCCACCUGAAAAUAUUGAUGAUACAGAAAGUGAUCUCAUAUUCUUUCAGAAACGUGUUCCAGGACACAAUAAGAUGCAAUUUGAAUCUUCACUGUACAAAGGGCACUUUCUAGCUUGCCAAAAGGAGGAAGACGCUUUCAAACUCAUCUUGAAAAAAAAGGAUGAAAAUGGGGAUAAAUCUGUAAUGUUCACUGUUACACCCUUACAUCAAAGUUAAGCAUUAAAGUUUUUGUGUUCUAGAAAGAUGAUUAGAAGGCAUGAGCCUUAGGAUAAUGUAUACCUGGGGGUGCAUAAUUUAUAAAGCAAGCAAGUUUAUUUGUCUCA